CUCGCUCUCACAACAUCCUCUCCAAAUGCUGUAAACCUAUUUCCAAUGCCAAGUAAAAAAAGAGAAAAUACUUCCUAAAGUAGUUGUCGACAACAAAGGUUUUCCGUGCAUCUUCCUCUUUGAUUUGGGAUAUAUCCUGACCUUUACGCUGGAGUAUAACGGGAUGCAGCUGUUUCACAGAGAGCGCUGGUGAGAGAUCAGACAUCAGCAUCAUCCAAGUAUGAAGUGAAGCUCAACGCACAUGUGGACUGCGUGUCUGAUGGGCUGCUUGAUGCGGAUCUGCUACUUCACAGAUCUUUCACACUUCUCCUCUUCAGGAUGUCUCUGAUGUUUGGGAAAGCAAGAACUUGUAACAUUGUAACAGUUCCUGAGCAUGAGCCAUCAGAGUGUAAUAUUGUGGUUUUGGGAGCAAUGGGAUCUGGAAAGUCAGCACUCACUGUGAAAUUCCUCACAAAGCGGUUCAUCAGUGAAUAUGAUCCAAACCUUGAGGAUACUUACUCUUCUGAAGAAGUUGUUGACCAACAGCCAGUUCUAGUCAAAGUGAUGGACACCGCUGAUCAAGAUGGACCAGUCAACUGUGAGCGCUAUUUAAGCUGGGCCAAUGCCUUCAUCAUUGUCUACAGCAUUGACAAUCGAAAUAGCUUUGAGGCCUGCCAACAGUACAUGGAGACAGUCACACAUUAUACAAAAGGCCUGCAGCCUGAAGCCCCUGUCAUUCUUCUAGGAAACAAAGUGGACAUGGAGCGAUACAGACAGGUGAGUAUGUCAGAUGGUGCUGCUCUGGCCUCACGGUUCGGGUGUCUGUUCUUUGAAGUUUCCGCCUGCUUGGACUUUCUAUCCGUUCAACACAUCUUUCACAAAGCCGUUCGGGAAGUGAGGCUAAAGAUGGAGAGGAGUCCGCUCUUCAUCAGUGAAGACAAACCUGCGAUCAGCCUGACCUCUGCUCCUCCCCUCACUGCCUGCUAUAAAGAGCUGCCCACUCCAGCCACAGCAAAGCUGGUUACGGUUAAGUCCUCAAGGGCUCAGAGCAAACGCAGGGCCCCCACGCUUACACUCCUCAAGGGGUUCAAGAUCUUCUGACUUACUGUUGCCCUCUUCUGACGCUGAAGAGGAUCUACAUGAGGGAAUGCUUGUCUUUCAGACAUUUGUCUGCUCAUUUUGGCAUUCAUGAAGCUAACAGGACUUGAACGAUUGCAAAAAAAAGUGUAUAAAAAUACACUGUCCUCAAAUUCUGUAUAUUAGAGUGCUAGUAAUUAUCUUUGUUAGCUAUUCUGACUAUUCAAACGAUUACCUUUUUUCAUACCACAAUUUUACUUUCAUUUUAAUGUCAUUGUGCCAAUUUUCCCUUCAUAGGCUAUAAUAUAUUCAUUUUAAAGACUCCAUUUGGACAUCUUUGUUUAUAUGGCAAAACUCAAAACCAAAGGAAUCUUCAAGACAAAAUAAAGAUUUUAAUCUAUGAUCUUUUUCAUGCUAGGAGGAAAAAGAAAGUUUAAUAUUGAUUAAAAACAUUUUAAUUACCACGUUUAUAAAAUAAUAUCACAUGGAGAGAUACAGAAAUGUGUUAAGGAGGAGAAUAACUUACAAUGGACUGUUACGUGGACAGCAGAAAAGAAAAAUGUUAGAAUUGUGUUACAUAUUAUAUUUUUUAAAAUACUAAAUCAUUGUAAUUUUUAUUUUGCUCUAUUUAGAUGCAGCACUUUCAAGUAAAAAGCUUAUUUUAUUUAGUAUAAAAUAAUGAUAUAGAAUAAUACAUUUGCAUUUGUAAACAAUAGUUAAUGCAAUAGUUAACAUUAACAAUACUUUUUACAUAAUUUAUUAAUCUUGGUUUAUGUUAAUUUCUAAAACACUAAUACAUUUUUACAAUUAGAAGUAUAUGUAAACAUUAGGGAAUACAUUAUGAACUAACAUAAACAGUGAGCAAUUAACAUUAACCAAGAUCAAUAUAUGCUGUAAAAACAUUGUUCAUUGUAAGUUCAUGAUAAUGCAUUAACUAAUGUUAACAAAUAUAACCACACUCAAUUUCCUACAGACUUCCAUCAAAUUCAAUUUACAAAUCUUUAACAAAAUAAAAUAAAACAAUGGUUUUAUUUUUUUAUUAUUUAGUUAAAAAUUACACAUUUCAAUUUAAUUGUGUUAUGAAACUGAAUUGAGUAAAUCUUAAUAAACAGGUUUAAACAAUGUUUUUUUUUAGUUCGUAUUGUAAAGUGUUACCCAAAUAAUACACAUUGCUUUAUAACACGUUGCAAAGUUGUGUUUGAACUAUAAAUGUAGAUACUGAUUGUGAGUCAGGAUGGAAUUGAAAGGCAUACUGUAUACCAGGGGUCAGGAGCCCAUUUUUUUAUUUUUGGUUGAUGCAGUUUUUCGAAAGAGCCAUACCACAAACGAAUAAUUUACUAUUUUCAAAAACAGUUUUUCAAUAAAAUACAAUGUUUAUAUUGCCCGUAGACUAUUCAAAAACAAACAAAUAUGCAAAUAUUAAUAGGUAACAUGUUGCAAUAUGGAAUUGAGUACACGUGUUUGUGCGGGUCUCCAAAAACCCGCACAAACACGUGUACUCAAUUCCAUAUUGCAACAUGUAAGCAAAAAGCAAAUAAAAUAACAAAGUGAUAAAAAAAUCUUAUAUAUAACCACCUCCCUAAAUCCAAACAUUUACUGUCUCCAACGGCUCUAUUUGCCAUCACACAAGUAUCAGAAUGUUUCAACAGAUGCAAAUUAAAAAGUAAAGACAAUUAUAAAUGUAAAGAUUAUUAUAAUAAUCAUCAUAAUAAAUAAGCCAUAAAAUCGCUCUUGGAAUAAUACUUAUUGGGAAACGAGUCCCAGAACUCUAUGAAUGUUUGUGUGUUGGAGAAGCGCUUUCAUUGCACUCAGAGCUCACUGCGCACAUAAAUCAAAUCAGACGAGCAUCGGCGGCUUUUCUUUCGUCUGUUCUUCAAAAUAUAAUCACGUUUCAUCAAAGGCGCGUCUUUUUGUCUAAUUUCUUGUUAUACAGCUCUACAACAAGUCUUUCAGGUCGCCUUCCACAGUGGCUGGUACAUCAGCAAAAUACUUAGCAUGAAAAUUUCACCCACGCCUGCCACGACCAACGAGCCAGCCCCCAUGCCUGCCAAGGCCAACGAGCCAGCACAUAUGCCUGUGGUCUCGUCCGCUCCCUUGACUAUGCUGUCUUUUCCUGUCUGGAAAAGGAGGAGAAGGAAAAGGACACCUUCUCCCCAGUCGCUGCCAGGGCUCACGACCACAGAGGUUGUUCCCCAGUCGCUGCCAGUGCUCACGACCAUGGAGGUCAUUCCACAUUCUCUGCCAGUGUGGACGACCACGGAGAUUUGUAGUCCUUAGUUUCCUUUCAUGAUUGGUUUCCCCAGGUGUUCCUCAUUCCCUUGUUUGCCCUUGUGUAUUUAAGCCCUUAUUUCCCCUGGUUUCUUUGUCAUUCUUCACAUAUGUUGUCAUGUUCUGUGCCUUGUUCCCUGUGUUUUGUUUCCUUUUAUUCUGAGUUACCUUGUUUAUCUUUUGUUUCAUUAAAAGCUGCAUUUAGAACCUCAUUCCUCAUCUGCCUCGCCACAGUGGGAAUCUUGAGAAACGCUGCGUGUCACCAUGCUACUGCAGUUAUGCCGCUACAUUGUGUGGGUGGGUUGUAUUUAAUUUGAUGAGGAAAAAGGGGUUUCUGAUUGGUUAGCGUAGUGUAGUGGUAUAGACUGCUGUCUUUUAUAACUCCCCUGGUUUGGUCAUUUCAGUUAUGUUGUGUAAAAUGGUGACUUUACCUUUUAUGCAUAAUAUAUUUAAACUUUAAUGCGACCUGCAUUAUGCAGUGUAUAUAAGAACAACACAUAUGUCUGCUUUAUUGUAUCACACCCCUCAGCAUUAGGUGGGUUUUGAUAGUCUAUCAGCCAACUUGACAUGUGUCACAAUCUAGUGACUGCACACUUUCUGGUAUCAGACUCUUCUGCUCCAAAGCGGUUGUUUAUGCAAGGCUUGUACUGAGCUUCACUGGCCAACUUCUGCCUUCCUCCAUACUCUUUUUGCCUUCGGUGUGCCAUGUUUAUGGCUGUCGCUCCAACAUUUACAGUGAAAUAAGCUGCUCACCAGAAUGCAUCUGUCUGCACUAAAGUGCAGGGCUGAACUUCCGACGUUGCUGUUUGUUUAGUUUAGUUAAGUUUAAGUUUUGCUUUUUGUUUUGCUUUUUGUUCUGUUUUGGCAUGUUUCCAUAUAAAACUCAGUCACUGGCUCUGAAAGUACUGUUUUGGGACUCACAGAGACAAGUGUCUUGAACCAAUGAGAUCAUCAUGAGUUUGGAAACUGUAAUUUUCUUCUGAUUGAAACCAUUUUAAUUUAUGUUAUUUGUGUGAAGUUGAUCAUAGCAGGGUGAUUUGUUAUCAGACUCUCUCUCCCCUGCUCUUCAUACUUUUUGUUUUGUGUGGGUUAAAACACUUGUUUGAGUUUGGUAGCUCUGCGUCCAGAGUUUUUUCUCGGUUUUGUUAUUUUAUUAUGAUCCUUUAAUUUGGUUAAUUUUUGCUUGUCUUUUCUCAGGAGCUGAGGGCCCCAGUGAAGGGGGCUAGCCAUUCCUCACUAAAUGGUGGUGGUGCCCCUGUCACAUGAUGUGUGCUGUGUAUUCACAACUGAUUCACCUGUGCGGUUUGUGUGAGUGAGUGUACACCUGUGUGAGGAGUGUCUUUUUAUAGGGGUAUCACUGCACUCAGCUAGCCUACCUGUUUCUGGUAAGCCUCAGCCCUCUGUGUUGCACAAGCAAAGAUAUUCUCAGAAAUUCUGCGUCAACACACACUACAAGUCACAGAAGGGGGUGGAUGAAUUAUUUUUAUAAAUAAGGCCCUAAAUUGACUUAUGGUGAUAACAGAACUGAUUAAAAAUCUUAAGAGUAGAAAGUGCUACUGGAUUAGUAAUGGGAAAUAAUCAGAUAGAGAAUAAUUGGUCCGAAUAGAUGCCAGCGGUGAAUGGUAUAGUAAUUUAACCCAAGAUAUACUGUGUAUAUAUAUAUAUAUAUAUAUAUAUAUAUAUAUAAAAAAACCAAAUUUUUCUAAUAACGCAAACAAAUAUGGCCAUUCAAUCAAAAGCCUUCUCCACAUCCAAAGAGAUGAUAACAUCUGGAUCCAGGGAAGGAAAGGGCAAACACAUCAUGCUAGCUAAUCUUCAGAUUUUAGAGAAAGAAUGACGAUUCCUUAUAAAUCCCUUUUGAUCGUCUGAAAUGAUUGUGGGAAGGACAUGUUCCAAGGGGUAUGAUAGGAACUUUACUAGGAUUUUAAUGUCAGCAUUUAAAAGGGAAAUAGGAUGAUAAAACACACACUGAGUGGGGUCCUUAUUUUCUUUAAAGAGGAGUGUGAUGGAAGCUUGUGAAUAAGUUGGUGGCAGAAAACCAAAUUCCAAAGAUUCUUCAAACACUUUGAGAAUAUUUGGUGCAAGUUUCUCCUUAAAUUUAUUAUAAAGCUCAAUAGGAUUUCUUCCAACUCAAGACCUUGAUCUAAAUCUUCUACCUCAACUAACUGCAAAGUCAGAAUGUCUAAAUGAUUUAAGAAAUUGUUCAUAUCUGUUGUAUCUGAAGGGAAUUCUGAAGUAUAUAAUGAGAAAUAAAAGGAU